AUGAAGUCAUCAGACGACAUCAAUGUACAGGAAACACAAAGUAUAGAAAACAAAAGCGAAGAAGAAGAGACCAUCACCGUCGAGGAGAGACUGAACCCCGAGGAAAUGAACGGAGACAUGAAGAAAUCACAGACAUUCUCUGCUAACAGAAAUGUUAAUUAUGGAUUUAUUAAAUAUGUGAGUCUAGCAAUAUUGACAAUACAAAAUGCAGCUUUGGGUUUAAGUAUGAGAUAUGCAAGAACAAGGGAUGUCGAGAUGUUUUCAUCGACGGCAGCCGUUCUGAUGGCAGAGGUUCUCAAAUUAGCGAUAUGUAUAGUUCUAGUCAUGAAUGAAUCUGGAAAUAUUAAAAAAGGUGCUCGAACAAUGUACAAUACUGUUGUACUCAAUAUAAAGGACACUCUGCGUGUGUGUGUGCCCUCGUUUCUGUACGUCAUACAGAAUAAUUUACUUUAUGUGUCCGCAUCUAACUUGGAUGCUGCAACAUAUCAGGUCACAUAUCAACUUAAACUGUUAACCACAGCAUUCUUUGCCGUUAUUGUAUUGAAGAGAAAAUUAAAAAGAUGGCAGUGGGGUGCUCUAGGGCUGUUAGUGAUAGGUGUAGCUCUCGUUCAGUUGUCUUCCACGGAGAAAGCCAAGGCCACUACUUCCUCGAAUUUGCCGAAGCAAUCUAAGAUAAUCGGUUUCGGUGCAGCAUUAGCAGCUUGCUUUAUUUCCGGUUUUGCCGGAAUUUACUUUGAAAAAGUUCUGAAAGAGUCUGAUAUCUCUGUGUGGAUGAGGAAUGUGCAGCUGAGUUUGGCCUCUAUUCCCUUUGGUAUCAUAACGCAUGCCAUUAAAGAGGGAACUAUGACGAACCUCCUCAAAGGGUUCGAUGGUUUCGUUUGGUACUUGGUGGUGCUGCAGGCUGCUGGGGGUCUCAUUGUAGCGGUCGUGGUCAAAUAUGCUGAUAACAUUCUCAAAGGGUUUGCGACCUCCGUAGCCAUUAUAAUAUCCUGUGUAGUUUCUAUGUACAUAUUCGACUUCCACUUGACCAUUCAGUUUGCUUCUGGAACUUUGUUUGUCAUAGGCUCCAUUUUCCUGUAUGGGUACGUGCCCAAGAAGCCAGACGCGAGGACCUCACUCAUCAAAUGA